AUGUCAUGCGUAACAUCACUCGGAGUGAGCUGGCCCUGCACUGCCGAAGAAUGUGGCACAGAGGAGACCCAGGCUCUGAUCACUGAGCUCAUCAAUGCCUUUGAUGGUGAGAAGGGGUGUGACUCCGUGAACUGGGCGUUUUUGCAGGGCCUGCUUAGCGGGGUCAAUAAGUACUCCACGGCGUUCGGUCGUAUCUGGCUCUCCGUCGUCUUCAUCUUCAGACUCAUGGUCUUCGUCGUGGCUGCGGAGAAUGUGUGGGGUGACGAACAGAAAGACUUUGACUGCAACACCCGCCAACCCGGCUGCCACAACGUCUGUUAUGACCACUUCUUCCCCGUCUCCCACAGCCGGCUCUGGGCACUCCAGCUCAUCUUCGUCACCUGUCCCUCGCUACUGGUCGUCCUCCAUGUUGCGUACAGAGAUGAACGAGAGCGGAAACACUGUCUGAAGCACGGCAAGGGAUGCACCCGUCUUUACGACAAUACGGGGAAGAAGCGUGGCGGCCUGUGGUGGACCUAUUUCUUCAGUCUGCUGUUCAAGAUGGUGGUGGACGGCGUGUUCAUCUUCCUGUUGUUUUACAUCUACGAGGCGUACUUCUUCCCGCUGGUGUUGAAGUGCUCAGAGGACCCCUGUCCCAAGAAGGUGGACUGCUUUAUUGCCAGACCAACAGAGAAGCGAGUGUUCACAGUCUUCAUGGUGGUGGUUAGCUUCGUGUGUAUCCUCCUGACUCUGUGUGAGAUCCUCUACCUGCUGGGGAAGAAGUGCAGGGAGUGUAUCGGCGGUGGAGGGCCCCGUGCCAUCAGGGAGAGCCCCCGGUUCACCAUGCCAGCUACCAUACCCCUGACGGCGAACGAUAACUCUGUGUUCAAGAAGUCUGAACUGGAGAAGACGAAGAUGGCUGAUGGUGGAGUGGCUGAGACAGAGAGCCCUGCUCCGGGUUACAGUGUGGCUAUCUCCUAA